GCUCCGAUUGAACGGCGAGCGCGCGUCGGGCGGCGGUUGAACGCGGCGCGAGCGGGCAGUGCCGUCGCGCCGUGCGGGAGCGGGGCUCGGUGCGCUCGCGCUGUUCCUCGGCCCUCAUGGCUCCUGCCCGUAGGAAGGCGGCCGCGGGCGCGCGCGGCAGGAAGCUGAGCGCCUUCCUGAAGGACUUCGACCGGGAGGUGAGGAGCCGGGUCGAGCAGCUGAGAGCGAACGGGGAGCGCCUGGUCAAGGAGAUGGAGAACCUGUACGACGUGGAGCUCCUCCGGCUGCCCGUGGCGCUCCGCGAGAUGAACUGGCUGCAGUUCUUCGCUGAAGGGGGAAGCCGGAAGGUCCUGGAGGAGGCGGUGACGGCAGACUUGGGAAUAACAGAAAUAAACAAGCUCACAGCAGAAUUUAUCCAGACUCCUUUGAAAAUCAUCAUGAAAGAAAAAUCUAAACAGGGUAUUGAAGCUACUGAAGAAGCAGCAGAGGUUCCUUUGCUUCCUCCAGCAAAGAAAACGAAACACGAUGGCCAACUUCUGGAGCAAGCAGCUGCAAGUACUAAUCCAAGAAACGGAAAGGUGAGAACGUCCACUAAAAAAGCACCAGCGUCCAGGAGCAGAAGAGCUCCUUCAGCAAGAGUGAAACGCAUGAGUCAAAGAUCAAGCAAAAGCAGCUUUAUCACUCCGGCUACUGGCAGAAAUCUCAAUCUCUGUGCUCGAGGAGGCGCCUCCAUCGUCACACCCAGAUUUGAUUCCAGAGUUUUCAAGACGCCGGGUUUGCGCACACCUGCAGUAACUGAACGUGUUUACACCAUCUCUGCUAAUGGCAGCCCCCUUGCUGAUGGCAAUGAUAUCUUCAUUACUGUUCCUGUUGGAGGAGGGGAGAGCAUUCGUUUAACAGCAAGUGAUCUGACCAAGAAGAAUCUUCUUCAUCUCAAUCCAGAGGCACGAGGCAUUAUGAAGAAGCUGUCUGUUCGUCUUGCACAAGCUUGUAGCAGUGCAAAAACCCAUAGGUGAAGAGCAAUGAAUGUCAACACCUUUUGUAAAUGUGGAACUACUAUAAGCUACAAGUACAUUUUAUUUGGUGUCUUGUAGUUCUGUGAGCAUUCAUUUAAACAAAACAAAAUAAAAAUAAUUAAAAAAAAGAAAGAGCAAAGCAGUUAAGACCAGUGCUGUAUAACUGACAAUGCUGUUAAUAUUCAAGCGUCCCUUUCCAGCUGUCAGAGUGAUUUGGUUGUAGCUGGCAUGAGUCACAGCUACCUGGCAGCUACUAGCUAACCAAUAUUCAUCACCCAAAUUCAUUUCCCAUCCUGUUUGAGCCCUGUAUGCCUCCAGGGAGUGGGUUAGCAAUAGUUCUUUCCUCUGCAGUGUAUUGCUUGCACACACUACUAAAAUCGCUUCUGCAACCUACAUGGCAGUAGCGUUUGGCUUAACUCGUGCAACCUGCUGUAGGGAACUGCUUUGGCAGGGGGUUGGACUCGAUGACCUCUGGAGGUCCCUUCCAACCCCUACGAUUCUGUGGUUCUGUGACCCGCCUGGUGUCCAGGAGCAGCUCCUAGCUGAGCCGGGCAGCCCCGAAAGAGGGGCGCUGAUCAAGGCGAGUUGGAGCCUGGCAGUCAGGCGUGCGCCUUUGGUUCUUGCUUUCCUCAAAUCAUCAGCAGCUGAACCUGAAGUCAUUCGUCGCUCCAAAAACAGCGGCGGAGGCACAAAAAAAACCGCGCAUCAUCCCGCCUUGAACACCGCCGCGCACCCCCGCUCAGCGCUUUCCUGGCGGCACGGAUGCGGCCCGUGCUCGCCGCUCUCCAGGAAGGCCCGCAUGGAGCGGGGCGGCGCGGGUUCGGCAUCGCCGCGAUCCCCCGCGUCC